CAAAAGCUUGUUCCAUAUAGAGAAAUUUUGAAUAAUAUUCAAGAUAAGUACGAAGUUGUGAAGCUACCUGAUGAUGCGCAUGAUACUUCAAAGGCUUAUCAAGUACUGGGACAUGUUGGUGUAUUCGGUUUUAUUACAUCUAUGACGGAUCAUUUCUGUGGGACUUGUAACAGAUUAAGAAUUACUGCGGAUGGCAAUUUAAAGGUAUGCCUAUUUGGAAAUGCUGAAGUAAGCUUGCGUGACUUAUUACGAGAGAAUGUACCGGAUCAACAAUUAUUAGAAAUUAUCGGAGCGGCUGUAAAAAACAAAAAGAAGCAGCAUGCAGAACUUUUGAUCGAUAUUAUCGAACCGUUACCUUCCCCAAAGAUAUCUUCUCAGUAUAAAAAGAAGCUUUCCGUAUCAUUCAUUCAACCUACAAGAUAUAAUCAACAUGAUUUUUACGAAAUCAACAAAAAUUCCAUUCCUUUCAAUCACAUUUUCCCUUCAUAUUCUGUCCAAUCUCGUGCUUAUUCUACAAAAAACAAAAAACCCGAAAGUUCACAUAUAUCACAAAAUACCUCCCCUACUCUCUCUCAUGUCGAUUCUUCAAGUGGACGUGCUUCGAUGGUAAAUGUAUCUUUUAAAGCCCCAACCACCCGUGCCGCAACAGCGAGUGGAAAAAUACGGAUUGGUCGAGAAGCAUUUGAUCUAGUACAGGAAAAUAUUAUUAAAAAAGGCGACGUACUUACUGUUUCUCAGAUUGCUGGAAUUAAUGCUGCCAAACAAACAGGAUAUUUAAUCCCUUUAUGUCAUAAUUUAUUGCUUUCUCAUGUAUCAGUUGAUUUAGAGUUAAAGCCAGAUUAUUCAAUUGAGAUUAUAUCAAAAGUAGAGUGUGAGGGUAAAACUGGUGCAGAAAUGGAAGCACUAACAGCUGUUAGUAUUGCAGCAUUAACAGUAUUUGAUAUGUUGUGA